GCGGCGGGGAGGCGGGCGGCGGGCGCUGCGGGCCGCGCGGACGCCAUGGGCCGCCUGCACUGCACGCAGGACCCCGUGCCCGAGGCCGUGGGCGGCGACAUGCAGCAGCUGAACCAGCUGGGCGCGCAGCAGUUCUCGGCCUUGACAGAAGUGCUUUUCCACUUCCUAACUGCGCCAAAAGAGGUGGAAAGGUUUCUGGCUCAGCUCUCUGAGUUUGCCACCACCAACCAGAUCAGUCUUGGCCCCCUCAGAAGCAUCGUGAAAAGCCUCCUUCUGGUUCCAAAUGGUGCCUUGAAGAAGAGUCUCACAGCUGAUCAGGUCCGGGCUGAUUUCAUAACUCUUGGUCUUAGUGAGGAGAAAGCCACUUACUUUUCUGAAAAGUGGAAGCAGAAUGCCCCAACCCUUGCUCGAUGGGCCAUAGGACAGACUCUGAUGAUUAACCAGCUUAUAGAUAUGGAGUGGAAAUUUGGAGUGACAUCCGGAAGCAGUGAACUGGAGAAAGUGGGAAGUAUUUUUUUACAAUUAAAGUUGGUGGUUAAGAAAGGAAAUCAAACUGAAAAUGUGUACAUAGAAUUAACCUUGCCUCAGUUCUACAGCUUCCUGCACGAGAUGGAGCGAGUCAGAACCAGCAUGGAGUGUUUGAGCUGAUUUCUGGCCCCUUCCCUGCUCCCUUCUCUUCCAUGGUGGCUCCUCAGAGAGGCACCUCACUCACAGGCCUGUGGGGUGCUGAUAUGGGGUCUGCUUGCUUCUUGGGAGCCCAGGUGCAAAGGUUUCUGGAAAACAACAGGAUUAAGUACUUAAGGAGCCCCACACAAUUACUCUGUGAAUUCUUUGUUUAGGGGAACCUCCACCACCUAUCUCCCAGGAUGCUUCUUAGCUAUUCAGACAGGCUGUUGUUGCAUCUCAAAUUCAGGGGAGGAAAUUCAGAGGUUACCUCCCUAUCAAAAUUUCAGAGUAAACAGAUGGUGCCAUCACUCAAGAUGCAGGCUGAUCACCCUCCCCUCAAAAAGGGAAAGACUUAUUUAUGGCUGACACACGUGGGGAGCCCCCAGCAAUUUUUCUACGCCCUCUGCGUUUGUGGUGGUGGUGGUGGUGAUGGUGCAUAGCUAAUCAGCUUUUAAUGGGGCACCUGUGUAUAAAUACUUGCUUCCUCUGUUCUGAAAAGAACUGAGGCCAACCUCUUUUCUCAUUUUGGGUUGUGCCCUGUGUUGUGUUGUAAUGAGGCUAUUUUCACUUGUUUGGGUUCAGGCUGACCUUCUCUGUUGGUCAGAUGAUGAAUAAAAAAGGUUCUAAAGAAAA